AUGAACCUUCCGCCGCGCGACCUCGACCCACACCCGAAUACCAUCCCACGCCCGCAACUGGCCGCCGACACGCCAUCUGACACCAUGAACGACCCCUCCGCCAUCCUUCCCCAGGCCGCCGACAAUGCCUCCAACCUUGAUCCCGAUGCAUGUCGAAUAUGCAGGGGAGAGGGCACCGCCGACGAACCGCUAUUCUAUCCGUGCAAAUGCAGUGGCAGCAUCAAGUACGUCCAUCAGGACUGUCUGAUGGAGUGGCUGUCGCAUUCACAGAAGAAGCAUUGCGAGCUCUGCAAGACCCCCUUCCGCUUUACCAAGCUGUACUCUCCCGACAUGCCCAAGCGAUUGCCGCUCAACGUGUUCAUCAGCCACAUGACCAGGUACCUGUUUCGAAAAAUCCUCUUCUGGCUGAGGGCUGCUUUGGUGGCGACUGUCUGGCUCGGCUGCCUUCCGUACUGCAUGCGCUGGGUCUGGUCCUUCUUGUUCUGGGUCAGCGACGAGGGCUUCGGUGCCAGCCCAUCUCCACUCGAUCCCCGGAAUGCGACUUCACUACGUGGCGGCGAUCCGGCCUCGGUAUCUGUCACCGGCACCGGCACCACCACUUGCCCCUCAACUCCUCUGCUGGCGUCCUCAACUACCGCGGCCACCCUGGGAGGCGCCAUGGACCACCUGCCACUGUCAAGCCUGUUGAAGGCAAUAUCGAAACCUCUGGAUGUAGCGAACCACUCGUGGCUGCGAAUAUUGUUCACCAGACCUAACACGACCGGGAGCAUAGCACAGCAGUCGCUCCAUCUCUUCAACGUGUCUUACGUCGACAAGCCUGCCGUCUCGCCUGUGCCUCACCAACACGGUUCUUUGCUUAGCGAUAUCACAAUUCUCAACAACAUUACCCGUAACCCGACUAUCAACCGAACCAUUGUUGCUGUGCUCGAAGGUCAGGUCAUCACUCUCCUCGUUAUUGUGUGCUUCAUCUUGAUCAUCCUGGUUAGAGACUACGUGGUCCAGCAACAGCCCGAGAUCAACAUGCGGGCCGCUUUUGCUGCCGCCGAGAAUGAUAUGCCACCGGCAGCCGCGCCUCUGGAUGCCGCACGGCAAGGGCCAGACCCAGACGACGUCGUAGACAACGACAACGACAGCGACUACGAUUCUACGACGGCCGUGGACGGUGACGGGACCGCUGCGACGCCGAAUGAACUCCAAAGAGAACUAGAAAAUAUGCGACUGCGACCGAUUGCUGGGUUUCGCCGCAGACCGACCCGACAGGAUGACGAUGAGCCAGUGCCGGAAAGCGGUACUGGGGCUGGUUCCCACACCCCUGCUUCCCCUAUCACUACCCCCGGGGCUCUUGGGCAUGAGGCCAGUAAUCCUUCAGUCCACACAAGCGACCAGCAUCUCGUCAACGAACUUCUAUCGAGCCGCACCGAGCAUGGCGAUCAUCUCAGAAGGCGCACAGGAAAUGAUGGUCAAGAUACAUCGCAGACUACGGUGAAGGAGUACUUGCGCAUAUACAGAGAAGCUGGAGGCGACCGAGAGAGGAUUCUCCAAACCAUUCAAGACGAGGGUCUCGAAUACCGACUCCGGUAUUGGGUUCGCGUGACUCAUGCAAUGGCUGCUGCGGACGGGCCCUCUGCUGUCAACAACAGAAGCAACCCCGCGUCGGCAGGUCCCGUCGUCAACGCAGGAACACUCGAUGAGCGGGACUCAAACCAAUCAUUCUCGAUAUCAGGCUCGCUCCUGGCCCACGGCGCUGAUAGUGAUAGCUCGAGUUGGACAUGGGCUGAAAGUGAAGAUGGUAAUGAUGCCAAUGACUUGAACCGCGAGAAGGGUAAAGGGAGGGCUGAAGGACUCUUUGAUCUCGACGAGUCUGCUGAUGCGGAGCGUACCUCAGGAUGGCCAUCAGGACCACGUCCGGGCGCUUCCUCAACUGAAGACGCGCAAGAUGCCAGCGACUCGCCAGCGCUCUUGUCAAGCAGACCUCGGGCCGUUUCUGAUGGUCCCCAGCACCACGAAGCCAUCAAUCCACUGGCCAACAACAACUGGUCGUUCUCAGGCAUACCUGCAGAACGCCCUCCGCAAGCUGAAGAUAUCUCUGACGUGGCAGGCUUCAGUUUGACCCCUUCGACAGGCCAGUCCGCGUCGUCGCUACGCACUACAGAAGUCCUGACGCCUGCUUCCGUCGGAGAUGAGAUCGCUUCACCGAGUGUCGAUGCUCAUGCUGCUCAAAUAACCCAUGCACUUCCCAGUGAACCCGUGGAAACGAGGCAAAUAAUACUGGAUUCGCAUCACGAGGACGCCAACGCCAGCGCGACGCACCACCCAACCCCAGAUGAAGUGGGCGAGGGAGCGUAUAGGGGUGAGGGUGCCCUAGACGUAGGUGCAGCUCCUAAUGCUGUAGCUCAACGGCCAGGCAGCAUUGUCGAUCGAAUGGCCGAUUUCAUGUGGGGUGACGUCCAUCCAGGCCCCGCAGACGAAAUAGAGGCCGAAGAAGCUGUAGACAUCUUUGGCGACAAUCAGAAUGCUCCGUUUAUGGACGACGGCGGCGAUGGCGAUGAUGACGAAGAAGAUGAACUCGACUUGGUUCCCGACGUUAUGGAGGCUGCAGUCGCCGCUGGCUUAGACCCAGAAGCGAUUGAAGACGCAGAGGAUUUUGAGGGAAUCAUGGAGCUGAUCGGCAUGCGUGGGCCAGUGGCCGGUCUCCUCCAAAACGCCAUUUUCUGCGCAUUGCUUGUAUCGAUCACCAUCUUCAUGGGCAUUUUCGCCCCUUAUAACAUUGGGCGAGUGACCGUGUGGACCAUUGCCAACCCGACUCGGCUCAUUCGGAUGGCGUUCAGUUUUGCCAAAUCCGUGCAGGAUGGCGUGUUGUUAGUUGGCGGAUACUCGUCAACCGUCAUCUUCACUCUCAUCGAAGGACUGCGGCUAUCUCUGAGAAUGGACCAGGGGAAACAUGUGAUGCGCUCUUUAAUACUCAACGCCAAGCACAUUUCAGCAGGCGCCUUUGACAGAAUCGCGAGCAGCUUCAUGUCUGAGAUUCCGCUGAUAUCUGCUAGCGAGAUGCGCAACUUUUCAGCCAUCAGCCACGAAGCUCUCAUCCGCAUCAAGGGCGAUAUCUUCUACGCCGCCUCGGCCGUUGCACACCUUAUGGUCUACCUCUUCGGUGGGAACUAUGCGGCCAAGUGGACGGCAGCAAAGACCUUUGCCAAUGUGGCUGGAUCGGCCGCUGUAGGAUUCGUGAAGUCCAUUCCUGGCAUUGCCGUCCAACCAGGAACGUGGGUAAUCAACUUGCAACUGCCCGAAGCAGCGUCCGCGGUAGAUCCCAACCUCGUGUUCUGGAGUUCCCACGACAGGGCGUGGGCCGUCGUACUCGGGUACCUUUCGCUGUCAGUUCUUGCUGGCCUGUAUCUGAGACGAGGAACACCGUUCUCGACCGGACAGACUGCGCAGGAAUGGGAAGCGUCAAUCAUCGACGCCCUCAACCAAGCCAGCGGCGUUAUGAAGGUGAUUCUGAUUAUCAGUAUAGAGAUGCUGGUUUUCCCGUUAUACUGCGGCCUCCUGCUUGACUUUGCCCUGCUUCCCCUCUUCGAGAACACGAGUCUCAAAUCGCGACUUCUCUUCACCUAUAAUCAUCCGCUCACCUCCAUGUUUGUACACUGGUUCGUCGGUACCGGCUACAUGUUCCACUUCGCCCUGUUUGUGUCCAUGUGCCGGAAGAUCAUGCGGAAAGGCGUCCUAUACUUUAUUCGUGAUCCAGACGACCCAGAGUUUCAUCCAGUCCGUGAUGUUCUUGAGCGCAACGUCACUACCCAACUGCGCAAAAUUCUUUUCUCGGCCUUCGUUUACGGAGCCCUCGUCGUGGUUUGUCUGGGCGGGGUAGUCUGGGGGCUCUCUUUGACCCUGCCCGAUGUCCUGCCAAUCCACUACUCCUCAAAUGAGCCGGUAUUGGAGUUUCCAAUCGACCUACUGUUCUACAAUUUCCUGAUGCCGCUGGCCGUGAAAUUCUUCAAACCCGGUGAUGGUCUGCAUGCGAUGUAUACCUGGUGGUUCCGCACCUGCGCUAGAGGAUUGCGGCUCACGUGGUUCUUGUUUGGCGAACGACGCGUCGAUGAGGAGGGCAAGCUGACACUCAAAGAUGACUCGCCACACCGCAAUCUUCCGUGGUGGCGGAGGGUCUUCCUCGAAGUGGAUAACCAGAACAGGGUCAUCCCCAAGACGUGGCACGACUUGUUCGACGGUGGAAAAGCCAAGCCCAGCUCGAAAAUCCCGGCGGCCGAGAUGGGUGUAUUUAACAUAAUUAAGAAGCGACUUGUUGAUUCCGGACAGCUCAUCACCAAUGGUCGGUUCGUGCGUUCACCAGCCUCCGACCAGGUCAAGAUCCCCAAGGGGCAAGCAGUGUUUCUGGACGUUUCGGAGCAGGACACCAGGAAGGACGGCAAGCCGGAUCGGCCCGAUACAGAUCUCUACUCGGGAAUCCACUACCAAUUUGUCUACGUGCCUCCCCUUUUCCGUGCUCGCAUCUUCCUCUUCAUCCUCUUCAUAUGGAUGUUUGCGGCCAUCACGGGGGUCGGUUUCACCAUUGUGCCCUUGGUUUUUGGUCGACGCAUGUUCAAGGUCCUCAUCCCGUCUCACAUUCGCACGAAUGACAUAUAUGCCUUCAGCAUUGGUAUCUACGUGCUUGGCUCGAUAGGUUACUUCGUUUUCCACUUGCGUUCGGUGCUGACUCAAUUCAGAGUCUGGGGCGCAACUGCCGUCGACUCGAUGCUUGACCGCCGCGCGAUCGAGCGAGCUCUGCGCCUUGGGCGACGCGCGGCGCGAAUCUUUUACACAUAUACCGUCCUCCUGAUCAUCUUCCCACUUCUCAUCACACUACUGGUUGAGCUAUACGUGCUCAUGCCGCUGCACACGUACAUGUAUGCUACCGGGACGGAGACGCCAUCACGUUUUGGCGGGCUGCGAGAUGGCCACACCAUCCGAGUGAUACAGGCGUGGACGCUGGGCAUACUCUACCUGAAACUCGGCUCGCGAGCUCUGACGCUGUACGGAGGACGUCCCGCCCAUGCAGUGCGGGCCGUGCUGCGGCAGGGCUGGUUGUACCCCGAUGUCGGGGUGCUUACCCGUGCAUUUGUGAUUCCUGGAGUCACGGCCUCGCUGGUGAUGAUCUUCAUGCCCCCAAUAAUAGCAUGGGCAGCGAUUAGUCAGGGCGUGGAGGGUGACUCGGGCGUGAGCCACGAGAUGCAAGUGUUGGUCUUCCGGCUGGCAUACCCAGUCACGGCCCUCUUCUGGGCUGGCCUCCUCAUUACACGGAACAUGGUACGGGUGUUUGGAGGCUGGCAAGUGCGCAUCAGGGACGAGGCGUACCUUAUAGGGGAACGGCUUCAUAACUUUGGUGGCACAUCAUCCAAGGUUUCGGUCUGGAGGGGGAGCGCGAGGCUCUAG